AUGAAGGCCGUCCGAUUCAAUCCACGGAAACAAAUACCAGAAUCCUACUCAAGGUCCACGAAAGCUUGGUCUUGCAAAUGUUGUAAAUGUAAUAACCCUACUGACUGGCCCAAAUGGGAACGAACAACUCUGUGUGACUUUCAUAAUAUAAACUUACGUGUCUACGAAUUAUUUCUACGCACCAUACAAGACGGAAAGACAACAUUCAAAUUUGAGGUCCAUAAAGAAUUUCUUUUUCAUCAAGACACUGGAGGAGACGUGUUAUUUAAAAGUCUCACAAGAUACCCAAAAGACUACAUUAACGUUACAUCGUAUCAAGAUGCACCCAUAUACGUUUAUACAUGGCAUCCAAAAAACAUUGUUUGUGUUAUUCAACAUAUAUUGAUCCGGGCAUUUCCUUUAUACGAACCAAUAAAAGGAAUUUUGGAAGAGCGUCAUGAUUCUUGUAUGAAGAAACUGAGAGGUGGACUCUCCAGCGUUCUCGAUAAAGGAAAUGCAAGCAUGAUAUUAUUAGCAUUGAUAUGUGAUUUAGUGAAACAUCGUGAAGUACGGUUACCUGGCUUCAGAUGGCUAUACGAAUGUGAAUGGGAGCAAACAGUUGGACAUACUGAUUCCGGAGGGCGGUUGAUUAUGGGCUCUGAUUCCGGUGUAUUUGUCAUAAUCGAGGUGAAAUAUCUCGCCUUUGGUACUGAAAGUGAUACAUACCUUCGCAAAACGAAACGACAAAUGAGAACACGAAUGAUCCAAUCUGUAGGUAGAUUUAGGGAAUCACAUGGAAGCCUAAUUACCGCUGUUAUUGGAGCUACUUAUACGAACUAUGAUAAAUAUCCAAUAUUUUAUACCAAGGAGGACCAUCAAAUAUUUUCGUCCGUUGGAGAAACUGAUGGCGGCACCGCAAUUGGAUCCGAAACUUUCUCUCCUAUUAUGCUAGAUCAAUGGAGGGAAACAUACGGUAUAGCAUUGACUUAA